GUUUAGAACUGGAAAACAAACAAGUCGUUCGAAGUCGAAGUAAAGAGACAACGAGAAGCGAAAAUUCAACAGCCACGUUCAACGUUUCAUUCGGAAUUUCAGUGAAGGAUAUUUGUGCGAUGACCACCGUAACGAACAAGUCUUUCUUUCUGUCUUCUUUCUAUCGCGUCAAAGCGAACGACCUGGUGUUGUUCAGUAUUCUUUUGCUGGGAAUCGUCGGAACAGCCAUGGCGCACCAAAAACGAGUCGGUGGGAUGACAGGCGUCAAGUCUUUCCAAGAUGCAGAUGCCGGGAUUAGUGCUGAAGAUCGAACGCAGAUUGAGGGAUUCCUUAAGAAAGUACGUGGAGAGGCAGAGGAAGCAGCAGGAAGGAAAUUUGCAUCCCUGAAGCCUUUGGAAUAUGCAACCCAACUUGUCAAUGGAAUCAACUACUUCAUCAAGGCCUCCACCGGUGAUGGAAAAUACGUCUUCCUUCGUCUCUACAAGCCAUUCCAGGGAGAGAUAACCUUCAACAAACUCCAAGAUGACAAGACAGAGGCGGAUCAUUUGACAUAUUUCUAGAUUCUGAAUACGUUGUUAAAUACCCGGACACCUCAAACUUGCCUGAAUCAUUGAUAACUAUACCCUUGCAAACAAAAAGAAAAGUUUCCUUCUAAAAUUCUCUGGUAAACUGAUUUAAAACUCAAAUUGACAAAAGCCACUUAAGUAUUUAAACUGAGAUCUGCAUUCUAUUUCAUAACUUUGAUAUUUCAUUUUCUGUAAGACAUUCAGAAGGAUAAGACCGAAAAAGUUCUUUUGGCAUACAUAUAUAUAUCUAAAUUUUAAAUAUCUAGAAACAUCAAACUACGUGUAUAAAAUUGUCCUUGAUGGAUUGAGACUCUAUCAUCAAAAUAACAACAUUUCCUUCUAGUAUAUAUUUCUUUCAUCUAUGCUAUCUGUAAUUGACAAAGAGUAUUUAAAGCUGGAAUCUGAGUCAUAAUUUAAUAUAAUCAAUUUCCUUAAGGCUUAUGAAAUGUUGGUAUGCUUUCAAAUAUAUUUUUAAAUCCAGAAUGGCACUAGGCUACUUGCAUGCAUUUAUUUAUUCUUUUGUGUGUGGGGGGAGAGGCAGCUGGGCACAUAACACAGCAUUGUGUAUGCUGUCGAAAAUGUGUAGAAUUUAUCCUUAUAACUGUAAGUUUCAAUGGACACCUAUUUUUUACUUGCUGAACCAAAUAUAUCAUGAAAUGAAACUGAAAGUCUCAAAAUAUGUCAUAGCAAAGUGUGCUACAUGUUAAUACUUUAACCUUCAAUCAUUACACACAACUAGAGUCGAUACAAGAACAAUAUUAUAUGAACAGUAUGCAGUUAAAUCUAAACCGAACGUUUCCAAUCCAUUACAUCUAUUUAUAUGGCUCCUUAGUCCUUAUGUAAAGUUUGGAAUCAUAAAGCAAUAGACUGUUUUCAAAGAUACUUAAUCAGAUUACCGUAGUCUGUCUCUGUUGUGUAGAAAAAAGUACCAAUAUGUAAUUAAGCUUAUGUAUAGAAUGAAUCAAUAUGCAAUACAUGUAGAUCAAUGCAUGAUAAAUUAAAAAACAUCAGAUUUCUAUGUAUUUUCUACUCUUUCAUACUAUUUUCACCAUCUAUGUAUUAUAUUAGACAUGUGAUUGGUCAAUUGAACAGAAUGAUUCAUUCAUUGUCAGAUGUAUUAAUUGUUGUAAUUUAGUUAUGUUAUUAGCGUGAAAAAAAAAAAUUGUUUUCAGUUUUAAAUGUAUAGAAUCUUCUUAUAUGGAUACAAUAAAACCAAUUUCAACUUUAAUGCAAAAUA